UUGGCGGAGGACCGACGUCACUGUUUGUGCUUGGUGAGGGGAAGAUGGCGGAGGCUGCGGCUGUUCCCCCGCAUCGCUUUUUCUGUCACUGUUGUAAGGGAGAAGUAAACCCUAAACUCCCGGAGUACGUGUGUCCUCGCUGUGACUCAGGCUUCAUAGAAGAAGUGACAGACGAUUCCAGUCUCCUGGAGGGCGGCGCCAACGGGCUGGAUGACACAACCACCGAGUUUGCAGAGCUUUGGCACCUGCUGUUGAUGGAGCGGCCGUUUUCCACCGACAACGACAACCCCGACUCGGAGCCCCGGCUCCCCGGCGGGCGCUUGAGCGCCCUCGGCGACUUUGGCGGGUUUGGAGGCGGACCCAUCAGGGGCUCGGCCCCCGCGGGCCUCGGGGGACCUAUGGCGGCCUCACUAGGCGGCGGGGACCACUGGGGCCCGGCACGGCCCCCUCGCCUACACAGCCAGAGAAGAUACAGAUCCAGAGUCAGCACUCGGCCCGAUCGCUCGCCUGCUGUGGAAGGGAUUGUACAACAGUUCCUCGCCGGUCUUUUUGCCAACUCUGGUGUGUCCGGUUCGCCGCCCCUGUCAUGGACAGGGAUGCUGCAUUCCAACCCCGGAGACUACGCCUGGGGACACGGAGGCUUGGACGCUGUCAUUACACAAUUACUAGGUCAGCUAGACAACACAGGACCUCCUCCAGCAGAGAAAGAGAAGAUCUCCUCUCUACCCUUUGUCAAUAUUUCUCAGGAACAAGCAGACUGUUGUAUGGAAUGUCCCGUGUGCAAAGAAGACUUUGAGGUGGGCGAAGCCGUGCGACAGCUCCCCUGUAACCACUUCUUCCAUUCAGACUGUAUAGUACCGUGGCUGGAGAUGCACGACACAUGUCCAGUGUGUCGGAAAAGUUUGAACGGAGAAGACAGCAGCAGCCAGCCACCGUCACAGCCGCCCUCCCUCUCCAUGGACCCCCGCACACAGGAGAGAUGGUCCUUCUGAGACGCUUCUCGCCUCCGUUGUCGUCAUAAUCAUGUUUGAUCCCUUUGUGUCUUUAUUUUCUGUCCUCCACCAUACACACAUACACUUCUUAAAUCCUCACUUUUGAGGUCAGCUGCUGUCCUUUUUGACCAAUAGAAACAUAGAUGGUCCAUGCAGACGCUUUUUUGGGGCUAAAUGAGGUUUUGUACCUGACGGUCAUGCUGCAUUACAGUUUUUCAGAGAUUCCUAUUUAUUAAUAGGGAGUUUCUCACACGCAAAUAAUUAAGUUGCUAUUCUAACAUUUCCUAAAGGGAAAUCAUCCAACUGCUUCACAUCUUCAGCGCUCGGAGCACCUCCUAAAACCCCGCCCCCCGGUGUAUAUAUUCUAAUAAUCCGAGGUCAUCCGCCUGUCAUUUAAUCCCUGUGUUUAUGACUGUCUGACUUUCAUAUUUUUAUCACCGUUAUGGUUUUUUUAAUGUAAAUAACUGUAGUCAAAACAAAGGGUUUGCAAAGAAAAAAAACACAUUGAGAAUGGAGACGCAAAUGUGAAAUAUGUGGUUAAUUAACGAGUUGUACAUUAUAUAAAUGGAAAAAAAUGUCUAUGAUGUAUUAAUAAAAUGACCAAAAAAAUGGUUUCAUUCCGGCUUUUUGUCAGUUCCUAAUCCUCCCACAGAAUCACUUCCAUUAGGAUCCCAAUAACGAUACCUUCAAUUCUAAAAUAUUACU